ACAUGGGCCUUGCGCGGCCCCGCCUGGACCACAAAACAUCAGGAAACCUCGCGUGAUUUCACCGCGCGACACGCCACACCGGCGACCGGCGUCGGUUACACCGUACAGCACCUAACCAGGCGCUCGCUGGCGCCACCGCACCAAUCUUCCCAAAAGCCUCUCGUCCUUUGCGUCGGCUCGACGCCACAUCUCCAGACCGCCGUGCUGCGCACCGCACCCAGGCCGCCGCCACCGCGCGAUGCCCCGGAACCGCAGGCGGCGCAAGAACGCAGCCUAGGAGUGGCUGAGUGGGAGAUUCCGACCCUCCGCGCCAUGGAGUCGAUGCCGCGGAAGCGCAAGGGCGCGCCCCCCGCGUGCUCCGCCGCCAGGUCCCUCCAAGAUUUGGCGUCCCGCAAGCGCGCCUGUCGCGAGUGCGACCCGCAGCCACCCUGCACCAGCGCCUCCUCCCGCGGGGUCCCCGCCGUGGUGAUGACGGCGCCCGCGGCGAGCGGCGGGGCGGCGGCGGGAGUCCUCCCGGGGCGCGGGCUGAAGCGGAAGGUGGGCUGCAUCGAGGCGCCCACGCGGAUGGGGCGGAGGAAGCGUCUGGAGGGCGAGUACGACCUCGGCGAGGAGAUCGGGCACGGCAAGUUCGGGUCCGUGCGCGUCUGCCGCGCCAAGGCCGGUGGCGAGGAGUUCGCGUGCAAGGCGCUGCCCAAGAACGGCGGGGACACGGCGCACCGCGAGGUGGAGAUCAUGCAGCAUCUCUCCGGCCACCCGGGCGUCGUCACGCUCCGGGCCGUUUUCGAGGACUCCGACAGCUUCUACCUCGUCAUGGAGCUCUGCCGCGGCGGCCGGCUUCUUGAUGAGGUGUCCAGGGAGGGGAGGCUCUCCGAGCGACGCGCCGCCAAUGUGAUCAGGGAGCUCAUGGCCGUGCUGAAGUAUUGCCACGAGAUGGGCGUUGUACAUAGGGACAUCAAACCGGAGAAUGUUCUGCUCACCAAGGACGGAAGUUUGAAGCUCGCAGAUUUUGGGUUGGCCGUGCGGGUCGCUAAUGGUCAGAAGCUAACUGGUGUAGCUGGGAGCCCUGCAUAUGUGGCACCUGAGGUUCUACUUGGAAAUUACUCGCAAAAAGUAGAUAUAUGGGCUGCUGGAGUGCUUCUGCAUGUGCUGCUGAUGGGCACUCUUCCAUUUCAAGGCAACUCUGUCAAAGCUAUCUUUGAUGCUAUAAAGACAGUCGAGCUUGAUUUACACAGUGGUCAGUGGACAUCGGUAUCACGUCUUGCACGUGAUCUCAUCGGCCAAAUGCUUCAUCGAGAUGCCACUUCACGAUUUGAUGCUGAUGAUGUUCUCCGGCAUCCCUGGGUCUUAUUCUACACCGAGUGCCCAUUGAAGGUAGAAUUUUCCAAUCUUUGGAGUACUAACAAAACUGCAACACCCAUGAUUCAUUGGGAAAGAGUUAGAUCAGAUCGCGAGUCUUCAUCUUCAGAAUCUUCAAGUGACAACUCUGAAGAGCAGGAUGAAUGCGGCAUAGUUGACGCACUGACGACAGCAAUAACACAGGUGAGGAUAUCAGAGCCCAAAAGGUCCCGGGUCUGCAGCCCAGCCAAUCAGCUGUUCCCGCCGAGCAGGAAUGCUCUUCUAACUUGAAGAAAAAUCCAUCGGGCACGGCAUUCUGAGUUGACCUUAGCACCCAUGUACAGCCUCUGAUUUAGAUGUAAAAUUCUUAACCGUGAUUGAUCUUGUCCAGUUGCUAGCUUGCUGGUGCUGUAACUUUGUAAAUAUAUAGCCACUGGCAUCUUCAUUUUUUUUAGGACGGUUGCCGGUUACACCAUAAUUGAUUCGAUUUAGUUCCUUUUCGUGAGUACAAUUUUUUUUUGUCCGCAUA